AUGGUAAUGACAAACGGUGUCUGUGUGUUUGCGUGUUUUCUUCCGACGCGCCCCCACAUGGCCUCUCAUGUUUCUCUGCCCCGCAUGGCGCUGAUGGCGCCGGCCUUCCUCGCGACCGUGGCGCUGCUGCUCGCGGCGCCCGGAGGCGCCGGCCGAGCGUUAUCUCCUGGCCCACUCCACGGAGCUGCGGCUGCUGACGCGUGCGGCGCAGAGCCCGGCCGCCCCGUUGCAGCUGCUGCACGGGGACACCCAGAUCGCCCAGUGCUUGCAGAAGCGCCAGGCCGAACCUGCGCGGAUCGCAGCCACGGUGCAGCAGAGCUUGUCGGCGGUGUUGCGGGCCGUGGGCAUUUCAUGAUGCAACCGCUGGAGGUCGAGCAGGCCCCGACGCCCUUGGCAAGGGGCUUCUGGACGCCAUCAGCGAGCCGUUUCGGGAGCAGUGCGGCAACGCGACCGCUUACUUGGUCUUCGAGACCGCUGUGA